ACUUCUUUAACACCAAACAACUAUCUAAAGUCAUUGCUUUCACUCCCUCCAUUUCCCCAUUUUCAUCUUCUAAUUUUCUCGGAAGUUACACUGUUGAUUCUCAAAACACGCAAACCCAACCGCCCAAUAAUUCAGAAACAACAAUCACUUUAAUCCUUGACCCCAAAUACAGACAUUCUUUACUCCACAUAUAAAUUGCCAACCCCAUCAGUCUUCUUCUCUUAUCUGCUUACUAAACUGCCCAUUUACAUAUCUAUGCUACUUGUUCUUUUACUCUUUUCAAAAUGGAACCCAUUGACGUCGUUGAUUAUACCAACCCCAUUUCAGUUUUCCAUAUUUUGUUUCUGUUUUUUCUCAAUUUCAUACUUGGACGUUUCUUUCCAGGGUUAUUCAACAUUUUCAUACUCUCUGCUGCAUUUAUUUUUUAUCUCUGGAAUUCAUGGGUUGCCCAACGUAGCAUCAUCACACCAAGUGUUCGACGAAAUGACCAUGAAGAGCAUUGCUGCUGCACAAAAAUCGUGGGAAUGCUUGUUAAUGACAAACGGGUCGAGCAAGCGAAACUAUCGAUUGAAGAUGUGAAAACUAUGAUGGAGGUACUUGAUCAUGAACAUAAUAACAAUAAUAGGGAUAGUGAUAGUGAUAAUCUUGAGCUUGAGGGGAUGUUUGAGGAAGAAGUGAGUUUGGGGGAAGUUAAGGAAGCUUUUGAUUUGUUUGAUGAGAAUGGUGAUGGGUUUAUUGAUGCAGAAGAUUUGAAGAAAGUGUUGUGUGGGUUGGGAUUGAUUACAGUGGGUUCAGACAUUGAUGAAUGUAAGAGAAUGUUAAGUGGGUUUGACAAUGAUGGAGAUGGACGUUUAGAUUUUGAAGAAUUUGCUAAGCUUGUUGAACAGAGCUUCUGUUGAAAACAUCUCUUUGUUUGUUAAAAACAGGACUCUUCCUAAAUGUAAAUUAGUCUUUGAAAAUAAACAAACUGUUUUAGGUACUUGAAGGUUCAUUUGUUACAAGACCAUUUGUUUAAGUUUGUUUUUUUUGAAACGCUCUUCGUGAAAAUGCACGAGGUAUUUGUCGAUGAACUAGAAGAAAUAUGUAUGACAAUAUAUAAGAAGAAUUACUAAUGCUCCGGUGGAGUUGAUGAUUAUGUAUUGUAUUUUUUAUUUAAGAUUCAAAUUGUGAAAC